AUGAAGAUGGAACAUGACCUCCAUAUGACCAAAGGAGAAGAGGAGACCAGCUACUUCAAAAACUCAAGGCUUCAGGAAAAAGCUUUGGUUGAGACUAAGCCAGUUCUCCAGAAGAUUGUGAUGGAAAUGUGCGUGGAUCUCCUCCAUCCAACAAUGACAAUUGUCGACUUAGGCUGCUCUUCAAGUGACAACACACUCUUCUUUGUCUCCAAUGUGAUCAAAGCAGUCAGCUACCACCUUGAGAAAUUCAGUGGCCAUCCCACCGAGCUUCAGUUCUUUCUCAACGAUUUACCAGGCAAUGACUUCAACCGUGUCUUCCAAUCACUUCAAAGAUUCAGGAGCUCGAUUGAUAUGGAUCACAAGGGAGAGCCAAUACCUGCUUUCUACAUCGCUGGGUUGCCCAGCUCCUACUAUACAAGACUUUUGCCUCGCCGGAGUGUUCAUCUCUUUCACUCAUCAUACUGCCUGCAUUGGCGAUCUCGGCUUCCUGAUGGAUUAGAGGGCAAGAAAAGACCAUACCCCAAUGAAGGAAACAUCGGCAUUGGAGCAACUACCCGGCCCUGUGUGGUGAAAAUGUAUCAAGAGCAGUUUCAGAAGGACAUGUUGUUGUUCCUCCAACUGCGCCAUGAAGAACUAGUUGCCAAUGGACAAAUGGUUCUCACAUUUCUUGGGAGGAAACACGAUGAUGUCUAUAGCGCAAGUCUCAACCGUUUAUAUGGGUUACUUUCACAGUCUGUACAAUCUCUUGUUGAGGAGGGCCUCGUGGAGAAAGAAAAGCUGGACUCCUUUAAUUUACCUGUGUAUGGACCAUCGAUGGAUGAUGUGAAGGCAUUGGUUGACCAGAGCUAG